AUGAACCCCGUCAGCGUUGGGGAGUACCAUGGGCUGCGGGUGGGAUCAGCCUUGCUCAGCAUCGUGGCGGGCUGCAUCAUCAUUGGGGUAUCCAGGGAGUGUGACGCUGAUGCUGUAGGAGGGAUCUUCCUGGGAGCGGGAGGCCUCGGCCUGCUCAUAUCGAUCUACCCCUUCAUAAAAGCCUGGCUGAACAUCAACCAUAUUCUUCCAUCCUUUGGAAACUUCAGAGUGCACCCCACACCCGCCCAACCCGCUCACGAUCAACCUGUGGAGACACUUAGAAGAGAAGGGACUCAGAGUCAGCUAAAUCUGGAGCAUUCUAAGAGUCGAAUGGGAACCUUUGUGGAGGGCGGACCGAUGGCUGAGACCAACCCAGAUGAGGGGACAUCUUCAGACAUGCCAGACAUCUUAUCUAGACGGAAACUUAAGCAACCACCUGCUGAUCAAGACCUGCCAUGA